AUGGCAGACUCUUCCUCCCCAGCUGCCUCGUUCUCUGCACAUCGCUCUUCGCAAGACCACGAUGAGGCGCUCAACUCUGGCGCUGCUGCUCCCGCCGACAUCAUGUCGCCCGGCGAGCCGGCCCCCAACGACCAAACAAAAGAGCGCAUAGAAAGGAUUUUGCAGUCAGAGGACUUCGCAUCAUUUCUUAAAAAGCGCUCCAUUUUAGAAGAAGAGCAGGCGCAAGGCUUGAAGAAACUCGCUCGCAACGCACAGGAAGCCGCCCACAAGCCUGAAACCCGCCAAGGCACGUACGCUCGUGCCCAAGAUGAACUCACAAGAAUACACGAGCAGAUGGCCGACCAUAGUCUGCAGUUUGCCGUCUCGCUAUAUCAAAUGUCUGUCGACCUUGCCGAGCUAUCCGACAAUACCGAAAAGGGCCGCAAACAAUGGAAGGCAAGCGGUCUCGCCGCCGAGAAGAGAGUAUCAGACGCGGAAAAUCAGGUUGAGAAGGCAAAGGCAAAAUAUGAUACGCUAGCAGAUCAGUACGAUCGCGUCAAGACCGGUGACAGACAGGGCGGGAAAUUUGGCCUGAAAGGCCACAAGUCUGCGGUCCAGCAAGAGGAAGAGCUGAGUCGAAAAGUUCAAAAUGCCGACUCCGAUUACCAGGCCAAAGUUCAGGCUGCCCAGAUAGCGCGCCAGGAGUUGACAUCGACGCAUCGGCCUCAAACUGUUUUCCAGCUGCGGCAAUUAAUCUUCGAAUGCGAUUCAGGGGUCACUCUUCAACUGCAGAAAUACGCCGCCUUCAACGAAAGGUACCUGCUCGGGAAAGGCCUCUGCGUCAGCCCGUUGAAGAACGCUCCAUCCGACGGACCAAAAAGUUUGCGCGAAGUCGCGCAUGACAUAGAUAGCAUCAAAGAUUUUAACCAGCACAUCUUGACUUUUGAGAAUAGUUCCGGCUCGGUUGCGGCCCGAGAAGUGCAAUAUAUUCGCCAUCCCACCCUUGGGGCCUCUACAUCCGCGCCUGCGCCUGCACCGGCUCCUUCGUCUCAGCCGAGCACCUUUAAACCACCUCAGGCAUCAAUGCCUGCACUUUCUCAGCCACCUGUGGUAGCAGCAUCUUCUCCUUCACCGCCAGCUGCGUCGUCAGUAUCAAGCGGCCUUACCCAACUACCGCCAUUGUCUAUUCAACAAACUCCUGACAGCUUGAGCACACCGUCUCAAUACCAAGUUUAUCCUGGCCCUGCACCUUCAGCUCAACCCUCCGCAGGGCCUCCGUAUCCUCCCUCUCCUUCCGGAGGGUAUCAGCCGACUACGUCUAACGCUCCGAUGAUGCAUCCACCGAACGGUUAUCAAGCGAAUCUUCCUCCAGUCAGGCCAGUUUUUGGGAUAUCGCUUGAGGACCUCUUCCACAGAGAUGGCACAGCGGUUCCGGUGAUUAUUUAUCAAUGUAUCCAAGCGAUCGAAAUGUUUGGUCUUGACAUGGAGGGCAUUUAUCGACAAUCCGGAAGCGCCAACCACAUCAACCAUAUGAAAGCGGCAUUUAACAAUGAUUCUUCUCAAGUAGACUUCACCAACCCGGAGAACUUUUACCAUGACGUGAAUAGCGUGGCCGGGCUUCUAAAGCAGUUUUUCAGGGAGCUACCCGAUCCUUUGUUUACUCGACAAUUCUAUGGCGACUUUAUAAAUGCUGCUCGAAUUGAAAAUGAUACUCAACGCCGGGAUUCCUUGCAUGCCAUUAUCAAUGGUUUGCCUGACCCCAACUACGCGACUUUGCGAGCUUUGGUUCUGCAUCUCAAUAGAGUUCAGGAGCACUCAAGCAAUAAUCGCAUGACUGCGGGGAAUAUCGCCAUUUGUUUUGGGCCAACUCUCAUGGGCGCGUCUGGAAGCAGCCUGAUAGAUUCUGGAUGGCAAAACCGUGUCAUUGAAACGGUGCUUCUCAACACGUUCCAAAUCUUCGACGACGACUGA